AAUUGUUUUGAAAGCAGGCAGGGGUAGUGAAGGGGGUAGUAGAAUCUUGAAAAGGAAAAAGUAGGUCAGGUGAGGUCAGGUCAUCCCCCAAAUGAAAUGAGACUAUAAUCUGGAAUUCGAAUCAAUCAAGAAUGGCGGAUGAUGAUCAAGAGAAUUCGAAUCAAUCAAGAAUGGCGGAUGAUGAUCAAGAGAAUUCGAAUCAAUCAAGAAUGGCGGAUGAUCAAGAGAAGUCGAAUCAAUCAAGAGCGGCGGAUGAUCAAGAUUUUGAUUUUGAUUUUUGGGAUGACGACUUCGUGAAUGAAGCCAUCCAACUCACUGAAGCCGCUGCUUGCAGCUCCUCUUCAAACCCUACUCAACCACCGCAGCAGCAGCAAGUGUUCCGGCCGCCUCCGCAGUCCGUGAUCAGUUAUUCUCCUCCCAGAGAGUUGUCUCAGCGAGUCAAGCAACAAGAUUCCGAUAAGGCUUUCCAUGAGGAUAAAUGUUCCAAGCAGCAAGAAAUUAAUCGCUUGAAGGAACAAGAGUGUUCGGAGCUUAAGAAGGAUAGAGAAAAGAACGAGAAGCAUCUUAGACCGGUUCUUCCAGUUAAUGGAUCUGAAGAUGCCGAAACUUUUGGUACAAACAAGUCAACUCUGAAAAAUAAAGAUCCUGUUGAAGACUCUUCUGUCAGUCUUCUAAAGACUAAAGGAGGGGUGGGAGUUCAUACUGAUUUGGCGAUAAAGAAGAAUAUAUCAGUUUCAAGAAAGUUGGCAGGCAUUUGGGAACCAGAAUCAAGAAGCAACCUUGUUUCCAAGUUAUUUGUGGCUUGUGAAGCAGAUUUACAGAUUCUGUUUGGAUUCUUAGGUUUGAACAUAAUACCAUCUACUACUAAAAUGGCUUCAAAUCAUUGCAUUCAGUCUGCUGAAGCUGCAAAAGUGUCCCAUCUCUACAUAACAUUAACAAAGAUUAGUUAUGAUACAGGAAAAUUGGGCGAUUUGUUAGAAGCAUUGGUUGAUCUCUGUUGUCUUCAAAAUAUGAUGAUUGUUCACAGAUCUCUUUGCGUACUGCAUGUGGUUUUGAAACACAUUUUGAAUAUGGAAAACAAAUUGUGCCGCAGGGACAAUGUCAUUAUCACCGUGAAUAGAAGCUCUGAAACGGUUCUCACAAGUGCUAGGAAGGAAUCACAGCCAUUGAUUUCAUGUUCCAAGUGGUUUUCUCUUUUUCAAAGAAUGCAUCAAGUUGUCAGGAGGAGACAGUGUGAAGAAAAUAUAAGAGUGGAGGCGGUUUCUAUCAUGAAUAUUCUUCUUUUGAGAACUGAUGCUUAUACGGAAAGGGAGAUUUUGUUAUGUGAAGGUAGGUAUGGAGAGGUGUCGGUCUUUGAAAGUAUCCCUCAGCUAUUAAGAAAAGAAGCUGGGCUUGGUGUGCAAAAGCAAGCCGUGCAUCUUCUCUACCUUCUCUUAAAUUGUCCGAGUUUAAUGUUGAUGUUCUGUUCCUCUUCUAAAGAAGAGGGGACGAGUGCUGCAUUUCAAGUACUAGAUGGUUUAGCUGAUUGUCUAGCUUGUCAUGGAAAUGGCGCACCCACAAACUUGGUCUUGAAACUUCAACGGAAUACCAUCGUUCUGCUGGCCUUUUUAGCAUCCUCCGGGAGAAGUGGCUUUGAAAUUUUGCUGGGACGUAAUCUUUCUAGAAGGACCAAUUUUCUUUACUUAAUUCUGCAAAUUAUGGCAUCUGAAAUCGAUGUGGAGACAUCUGAGCGUAUUCAGCCUCCCGAAGACUCCAGAGAAAGAACGUUACUCAUCCGGGAAGCACUUAUUCUUCUAAAUAGACUCGUGUCAAAUUCCCAAUACUCGGCUCCAGUUUUACGGCUUCUUACAAACAGAAGAGACAUGGCUAUCUUGACAGUUGACAUUGCUAGUCGGUUAUCGAGGAAAAAUAAAUGGCUGUGGCAAUCUGACACCAUGACCAGACAGAUGAGGGAGUCAGAAAUUGUGGAUUUGGCUCGGAUUUUCAAGAAGAGAGUGUUUACUUUCUUAGAGAUGCCACAUGAUAAAUGGAGACAGAUGAAAGAAGAAGAUUUUGGAAACUAGCUUUUGGGGUUGGUUGGCUUGUAUGACUUAGUGUAUUAAUGUAAGCCUUUUUUUUACUGUCAGUAAAAACUCAUGUGAUCCCUCCCUCCCAUCUAUCUAUAUUUUGUUAAUGUUGGUAGGUGGGCUUCAGGCAGGAAAACAGUAGAAUCUGAAUUCGAAAUGAACUGGAUUCGGAUCGAACGAUGUUUAACCUUUAGUUUCAUUGUAUUGUGUAUAUCACCUUCUCAGUUUUUCUCUUUUAAAAACAGAUUUGACUUUCCCAUGAUGA